GUUUUGCAGGUGUGCGAGGUUUGCUGAUAUAUUGCAAUCAUGGUGCAGAAAUACCAGUCCCCCGUGAGGGUGUACAAACAUCCCUUCGAAUUAAUUAUGGCUGCCUAUGAGAGGAGGUUCCCGACAUGCCCCCUGAUCCCCAUGUUCGUGGACAGCGACACUGUGAACGAGUUCAAGAGCGAGGACGGGGCCAUCCACGUGAUCGAGAGGCGCUGCAAGCUGGACAUCGACGCCCCACGGCUGCUGAAGAAGAUCGCAGGAGUCGAUUAUGUGUAUUUCGUCCAGAAGAACUCGCUCAAUUCCCGGGAGCGCACUCUGCACAUCGAGGCCCAUAAUGAGACCUUCUCCAACCGGGUCAUCAUUAACGAGCACUGCUGCUACACCGUGCACCCCGAGAACGAAGACUGGACCUGCUUUGAGCAGUCUGCAAGCUUAGAUAUUAAAUCUUUCUUCGGCUUUGAAAGUACAGUGGAAAAAAUCGCCAUGAAGCAAUAUACCAGCAACAUUAAAAAGGGCAAAGAGAUCAUCGAGUACUACCUUCGCCAGCUGGAGGAGGAGGGCAUCACCUUCGUGCCCCGCUGGACGCCCCCCUCCACGCUGCCGUCUUCCGAGCUGCCCCCACCGAGCAAGCAGCAGCCCGUGCCGUUGGCGGCGGUGGCUCCGGACACUGCCCAGAAGGAGGGGCCGGUGACCGAGGCCCUCAGCAACCCCAGCGGGGCACCCGAGCCCCUGGGCGGGACCCCUGACGACAAGCUGGACACCGACUACAUCAAGCGUUACCUCGGGGACCUGACACCGCUGCAGGAGAGCUGCCUGGUCCGGCUGCGCCAGUGGCUGCAGGAGACCCACAAGGGCAAAAUCCCAAAAGACGAGCACAUCCUGCGAUUCCUGCGCGCCCGGGACUUCCACCUGGACAAGGCGCGGGACAUCCUGUGCCAGUCUCUCACGUGGCGGAAGCAGCACCAGGUGGACUUCAUCCUCGACACCUGGAGUCCCCCCCAGGUCCUCCAGGACUACUACGCAGGGGGUUGGCACCACCACGACAGAGAUGGGCGGCCGCUGUACGUGCUCCGGCUGGGCCAGAUGGACACCAAGGGGCUGGUGCGCGCCCUGGGCGAGGAGGCGCUGCUGAGAUACGUUCUGUCCAUAAACGAAGAAGGGCUGCGGCGCUGUGAGGAGAACACGAAGGUCUUUGGUCGGCCUAUCAGCUCCUGGACGUGCCUGGUGGACCUGGAGGGGCUGAACAUGCGCCACCUGUGGCGGCCAGGCGUCAAGGCACUGCUGCGCAUCAUCGAGGUGGUGGCGGCCAACUACCCCGAGACGCUGGGCCGCCUCCUCAUCCUCCGCGCGCCCAGGGUCUUCCCGGUGCUCUGGACACUGGUGAGUCCGUUCAUCGAUGACAACACCAGAAGGAAGUUCCUCAUCUACGCGGGCAACGACUACCAGGGCCCCGGCGGCCUGCUGGACUACAUCGACAAGGAGAUCAUCCCCGACUUCCUGAGCGGGGAGUGCAUGUGCGAAGUGCCAGAGGGCGGGCUGGUCCCCAAGUCUCUGUACCGGACGGCGGAGGAGCUGGAGAACGAGGACCUGAAGCUCUGGACGGAGACCAUCUACCAGUCGGCCAGCGUCUUCAAAGGCGCACCCCACGAGAUCCUCAUCCAGAUCGUGGAGGCGUCCUCGGUCAUCACGUGGGACUUCGACGUGUGCAAAGGGGACGUGGUGUUCAACAUCUUCCACUCCAAGCGCUCCCCGCAGCUGCCCAAGAAGGACUCGCUGGGGGCGCACGGCAUCAGCUCCCCCGGGGGCAACAACGUGCAGCUCAUCGACCGUGCCUGGCAGCUGGGCUGCGACUACAGCAUGGUGGAGGCGCCACUCACCUGCCGGGAGGGCGAGAGCGUUCAGGGCUCGCACGUGACCCGCUGGCCCGGCUUCUACAUCCUGCAGUGGCGCUUCCACAGCAUGCCCGCCUGCGCCGCCAGCAGCCUGCCUCGCGUGGACGACGUGCUGGCCUCGCUGCAGGUGUCCUCGCACAAGUGCAAGGUCAUGUACUACACCGAGGUCAUCGGCUCCGAGGACUUCAGAGGCUCCAUGAGCAGCCUGGAGUCCAGCCACAGCGGCUUCUCCCAGCUGAGUGCCGUCACCACCUCCUCCAGCCAGUCCCACUCCAGCUCCGUGAUUUCCAGGUAGUGCCGCCUCGCCCACCCGCCCGCCCGCCCGCCGGAGCGGCCGCCAGCCAGC